AUGAUUAAGAGUUGUUCUUCUACUCUUCUACAUAAUAUAAAUUCUUUCACCUCAGUUUGUAAAAAUAAAAGGUUAAGUAACUUUCUAGCCAAUCGUUUUAAUUAUAAUUUCGAUCUAAAUUAUUUGCAUAUUGAUAAAAAUCCUACCAGUAUUCGAUUUUAUAGCAACAAGAAAUUACAUAAACCUGAAAUCAAAAGAGAAGCAAGUGAAAAAUACAAGAUGUCUACUGAACAUAUUUCUCAGCAAUUAACAAAACUAUCUUUAGCUCUUCCAGCCGUUGUUGAAGGUUCUAACCCAGAUGUCAAUGUAGUUGAUUUAAUGAGAAACUACAUCUCUCAAGAAUUAUCUAAAAUCUCAGGUGUUGAUACUAAAUUGAUUUUCGAAGCUUUGGAAUGGACUAACACUCCAGAAAGAGGUGAUUUAUUGAUCCCAGUUCCAAGAUUGAGAAUUAAAGGCAGCAAUCCAAAGGAUUUAGCUACUGAAUGGGCUGAAAAAUUCCCUGUCGGUGACUACAUUGACAAGGUUGAAGCCAAUGGUCCAUUUUUACAAUUUUUCUUCAAGCCUAGUGCUCUAUUUAACAUUGUUAUCCCUGACAUUUUAGAGAGAGGUGAUGAUUAUGGUUCUUACAAAAUGGAACAAAAAAAAACAGUUGUUUUUGACUUCUCCUCUCCAAACAUUGCCAAGCCAUUCCACGCUGGUCAUUUAAGAUCCACCAUUAUCGGUGGUUUCAUUUCUAACUUAUACGAAAAAUUAGGUUGGAAUGUUGUCAGAUUAAACUACUUAGGUGAUUGGGGUAAACAAUUUGGUUUACUAGCUGUUGGUUUUGAAAAAUACGGUAAUGAAGAAUCUUUAUCAAAAGAUCCAAUUCAUCAUUUAUUUGAUGUCUAUGUUAAAGUAAACAAAGACAUCGAAAAAGAAGGUGAUUCAUUACCAGAAGAAGAAUCCAGCAAUGGCAGGGCCGCUGAGUUCUUCAAGAGAAUGGAAGAUGGUGAUGAAGAAGCCCUUAAGAUCUGGAAAAGAUUCCGUGAACUAUCUAUUGAAAAGUACAUCGAAACUUAUGCUCGUCUAAAUAUUCAAUAUGAUGUCUACUCUGGUGAAUCUCAAGUUUCAAAGGAAAGACUGGACGAGGCUAUUAAAAUUUUAAAUGACAAGAACUUGACCCACGAGGAUAGAGGUGCUUUGUUAGUUGAUUUAACUAAAUUUAACAAGAAAUUAGGCAAGACCAUCGUUAAAAAAUCUAACGGUGCCACCUUAUACAUGACCAGAGAUAUUGGUGCUGCUAUGGACCGUUACGAAAAAUACCAUUUCGAUAAGAUGAUCUAUGUUGUUGCCGUUCAACAAGAUUUACAUUUAGCUCAAUUAUUUGAAAUCUUGAAACAAAUGGGCUUCGGAUGGUCUGACAGAUUAAGUCACAUUAAUUUCGGUAUGGUUCAAGGUAUGUCUACUAGAAAAGGUACUGUUGUAUUCUUGGAUAACAUUUUAGAAGAAACAAAAGAAAAAAUGCAUGAAGUUAUGAAGAAAAAUGAAGUCAAAUAUGCUCAAAUUCAAAACCCAGAGGAAGUUGCUGAUUUAAUUGGUAUUUCUGCCGUUAUGAUCCAAGAUAUGCAGUCUAAACGUAUUAACAAUUAUGAAUUUAAAUGGGAAAGAAUGUUAUCAUUUGAAGGUGACACUGGUCCAUACUUACAAUAUGCCCACUCUAGAUUGAGAUCAGUCGAAAGAAAUGCUUCAGAAAUUACUCCAGAAAAAUGGGCCAACGCUGAUUUAUCUUUAUUAACUGAACCAGCUGCUGUAUUAUUAAUCAGGUUGUUAGCUCAAUAUCCAGAUGUUUUGAGAAACGCUUUAAAGACACAUGAACCUGCUACAAUUGUUACUUACUUGUUCAAGUUAACUCAUCAAGUAUCAUCUUGUUAUGAUGUUUUAUGGGUUGCUGGCCAAACUGAAGAAUUAGCUACUGCUCGUCUAGCUCUUUACGCAUCUGCCAGACAAACCUUAUAUAACGGUAUGCGUUUAUUAGGUUUAACCCCAGUAGAAAGAAUGUAA